CCUCGCGUCGCUCCCGCAAAGUAUGGUGCCGCCUAGACUUCUGUGUAGAGAAAGCAAAGGGUCUAACUAUGACGCCUCGGCCCUCGUGCGAGCGAGUGGAGAAGCUUAAUCGACCCGAGCCCAUGUGACUCAACUUACAUUACGUUGUGGCUACGGCAGCACAGAGUGACAAUCCAUCCAUCCCAUCCAUGUCCUCCGCGCCCACUGCAGCUGAACCUGUAACCCCACCCCGCCCACACUCCACACCACACCCACUCUACAUACUCUGCACACACUGCACACUACUCGAACCUCAACAAAUAGUCCCUCUCUUCCAUGUCAUCUUACCAAAUCGACGCCGGAAUAAGUCAUUACGAGUAUGGCAUGCACACCAGCACGAACUUUAUCCCCUGCGACGACGUCGGAUCAAGAAGCCAUCACACAGCUCGAAAAGGACUUUCCAAAACUUGAUGGUGCACUAAUUGCACCCAUCUACUAUGACACGCGCUGCGUUGCUACCGCGCGCGCGACGCUAGAGAUCUUGUAUGUCACCAUCGACGACGAAGCGAGCAGCGGCGGGAGUGGUGGGAUCUCGCCAGCAAAUAGCUGUCCCGAGUGGGGAGAGGGCGGCGGAGAUUGGACGAGUGAGUCGGACCCGACUACUGGCUCAUUAGCGAGUUUGAAUCUGGGGUUCGACGAAGAGGAAGAGGAGGAAGAGGAAGAGGGGGAUGUGGGGCAUUUGAGAAUGAUGUUUCCGACCAUGAGCAGGUUCUCGCUCGAGAAUGCGCUUCGAAAGGCUAGUGGCGAUCUCGAGCGCGCGACCGAUGAACUGCUGAAUCGUGUGUCUCUCGAGGAGGAUGGGGAGACGGGGAAGGGGAUCGAUGGGUUCGGCGAGGAGGUGAUGUUCCAACGGAAGAAGCGGAAGGGGAAGGGAAGAGCGACGGCGCCGGGUCUGCAGAGAAGGAUGAGUCUCCCACCGGAGGGUACGGAGAAUACUCCUGUCGCACAGAGGGUGUCUGUUUGGGACAAGAAGAACGAGGAGAUCGGAUAUAUCUCCACAUGCCUGGGGAUACCGAAGACCGUAGUGGCUUCCACCCAUCAUGCGAAUGGGGGCUCGGUGCCCCGGACGAUAGCGACGCUGUUGGAUGCGCACGGAGGGGAGGCUGUGGCUGAUGGAGAGGAGCACCUGGCCGAGUUGAACGAGUUGGUGCAGGAGUUCGGCGGCGAAGUCAAGGCCGAGUACCUCGAUCGGUUGUUACGGCUAUGCAAGGACAACAAGAUUGCCGUCUUCCAGUUUGGCGAGCAGCUCCGGCGGGGAUCGCUCGCAGUACUCGGGCUGCGUCAAGUCUCGGCCGCCUCGUCACCGCGCAAGCCUGCCCCUGCAAGAUCUGGGCCCACAAGACUUACCCACGAUGAUGGCUCGACCUGGACGGUAAUUGGCACAUCUCUGCAGGCAACCCAAGCUACCUCUCCCACCUACCACCGGCCACUCAACUACGCCACAUCAGCACAGCUAGCCGGAGUCUACCGCCACGCCCGCAACGAGGCGUUCCAAAAAGCGGCUGCAUCCCACCGUCGGUCGAAAUCCGACAGGCUCAUGGGGGGAGUGGCGGCCGUUUACGCCGACCAAGGGCACGAGUACCACGCGCGCACGAAGGAGUACGAAAACCGUGCUGCCGAGCAGUAUGUCAUUGAGAACAGUGGCGAUGGCGUGCUCGAUUUGCACGGUGUUACGGUGUCGCAGGCGGUUAAAAUCGCCAAUGAGAGGACGACGCGGUGGUGGGCCGAGGCGCAGCCCGAUGCCUACGGUCGUGGGUUCCAGCCCUUCCGUAUCGUCACCGGAAUGGGCCGGCACAGUGCCAAUGGCGAGGCGAAGCUAACGCCGGCUGUCAGCAAGAUGCUGCAGCGCGGGGGAUGGAAAAUCGGCGUUGGGCGCGGUGAGAUCCUUGUCUAUGGAGUUCAGAAAUAAUGAUGCGGUAUCGAAUGAGUAAUGUUUGUGUUCUCUCUUUUAUUCAUUCAUUUGGACGCCUAUCUUCCGUCAGCGGAUAUCUUAUUUGUUUAAGUUGAUUAUGCGGGAUUUCUGCUAUGUUGUGGGCGAUUUGUUGCUAUCUAGAUCUGUAGACUGGCAGAUGAAGCUGGAGUUCGGUGAUGCUCAUCUCGUUACUGGGCGUUUACGUACCUAGAGUAGAGUAGAAUGUUUUUUAUUAGCAGGUUCUUCAUAUAGCCAGCUGGCUGGCUGGGGGUAGUUAGUUGGGACGUUGGACAUCUGCUUGAUAUGUUAUACAUACAUCUAGAAUCCUGGCUGUGGGGUUAUGUAGCAGAAGAAGAAGAGAAUCGGGGUUAUGAUAGGCGUUACGAUUGCGGGGUGUGUUGUGUACCUGAGUCACCGGAAAUCAUCAUUAGUCAAACUGCGGCUUGAAAGGUUAUUUCACGACC